GGUGUUCGUGUUAUGUCAGUUAAUAGAAAAAAAUGGAGAAAGUGUGAAGAAGAGCGAUUGAUUGUGCUUGUAUUGUAGAGUGAAGUGUCUCUGGAAAAUGUUUAUCAUCACUUCAAAUUCCACUCCCACUUGGUUGUUUUCUAACUCAGUUUCACCUUUGUCUCUAUCUUCUCCAUAUUCCUCCAUCAAAAUCGUUAAAAGCUUGAAGCUUUUGAACAUAGUUGACGCCCCGUUUGCUGUUCCAGAAAAAAUUGGAAGCAAAAGAAGAAGAAGAAGAAGAAAAUGGGGAGCAAUUGAUGGAAGUGGCGAGAAGCAAUCCGUUACUGUAGCAAUUGAUGGAAGUGAUGAUGAUGAUGAUGAUGAUAACGGUGUUGAUUCAGCUUCAGCUGUGGUGAGGAAUUUCUAUGGAGGAAUCAACGCGCAUGACGUGGAUUCUGUUGAGUACCUUAUCGCAGAGAAUUGUGUGUACGAGGAUCUUGUCUUUCCCCAACCCUUUGUGGGUCGUAAGGAAAUUCUUGAGUUCUUCAAAAAAUUCACCAAUUCUACCAGCAAAGAUCUGCAGUUUGUUAUUGAUGAUUUGUCUACCAAGGACCCCUCAUCCGUUGGGGUGAUAUGGCAUUUAGAAUGGAAGGGAAAACCUUUUCCCUUUAGCAAAGGUUGCAGUUUUUAUCGUCUGGAGGUGAUCAAUGGCAGAAGACAAAUAACAUAUGGGCGAGACUGUGUUGAACCUGCAAUCAAACCUGGGGAUGCAACAUUGACACUGAUAAGGACUGUGACAUGGCUUCUGCAGCAAUUUCCUCAGUUGGCAAAUCGGUUUUAGUCAAAAUUUCUGCACUGUUUUGGAACUGCAAAUGUUCUCCUUUCACAAUUGAUAUAUAUAUAUAUAUAUAUAUAUAUAUAUAUAUAUAUAUAUAUAUAUAUAUAU